UGGUUUGGCUAGGCGAGACAGCAUGAAUUCUGUAGACUCUUUUGAUGACCGUGCAACUUCAGAGGGGUCGCACGCAGAUCGUGAGUAUCCAGCAUUCUAAUGGCAACUGACAAUUGACGUGCACAUAGACCAAGAACGGAUGGCUGAAAUGAAAUCUGAACACAACGAUGACCUAGAACGGCAAUGGAAUAAGCCCCAUUCUCGGACACUGUCUAGUCUAAGCCAGUCCUCCUUAGACGCUAUCCGCCUAUCUCGCUCAGCAGGAGGACACCAGCGCCAUAAUUCCUUUUCGAGUUCUCGUUCUGCUUCUCCUGCUGGUUCGCGGACAAGCGCCGACGAAGAACGUGAACGAGAGGUUCAAGCUGAGGUCGACCAUGAACGAGAGCGGAAUUGGAACUCCCCCCAUCCGACAUGGUAUAAUCAGAGUACCCACCACAGUCAUUCUAGUCGUGCUAAUUCACCGACCCCGCCAUCCCCUACCGCUUCCACGUCGUCACACCUAUCUUCCAAGGGUAUACGACCUCGCAUAGACUCAAAGGUCUCUGCUCGAGGGACUCCUUCACCCAGACUCUCAAUCCCCGACUCUCCUUCCCGGUCGCGUAUAAGACCGAUCAGCUAUUCGUCUCGUUCAAAUUCUCCGUUACCACCUGAUUCUACGGCCCCACGAAGUACUUCAUCGCGCUAUUCGCAUUCAAAUACAUCCAUUAGUCCCACCCAUAGUAACAGCAAUGAAGGCCGAGCACGAUCGGGGUCUACAUUGUCGAAACAUACUCCAAACGACACCUCUCAGCGAACAAAGCUUGCCCCAAGGCCACCUCCUUCCCCUUCCCCUUCGACAGCCAGUUCUAACAAACACAAAUCGUCAGGACAUUCUAGGACUCCCAGCCAUUCUAAUGGUAAAUCAAGGACCGUUGACCGUGAUAAGCCUGUUAGUAGCCAAGCACCCAAUAUAGGCAAUGCCUAUGACGGGCAGUCAACAGGUUGGUUUAGAAUUACGUAGCGCUGCCCUUCGCUGAUCGGAUAUCUUUCCAGAUACCGAUGGAGAGGAUUUACCUCAAGAGAGUACGCCCACACUUAAAACGACAACGUUAAACCAACUGCACACCGAAGAAAGAAAGUCUUCUUCCCCACAGCUUUGGUCACAAAACAUACGAGACGAAUCACAUUCAUACCGACCCAUUGACCCACCUGCCACCCCGCCGCCAUCAUCGCCCUUGUCA